ACGUAAACAAGUGGGGGAAAUUGAGUCAAAUAUUUUGAUCGUAACAAUUAACAAUUUCCUUUCUCCUCCUUUUUGUCACCGACGAUCCAAUCUUUCCCCUGAUCUGCAUUCUUCUUCCACCAUGGAUGUUCCUAGCUCCUGGGACGCCCUUAGAAAACAGGCUAGGAACCUUGAAGCACAGUUGGAUGAACAGAUGAAUUCAUACCGCAAACUGGUUGCUACUAAAGUCGAAUCUACAGAUAACAACCUUGAGUUUGGAGUAGAACAAUUAUUAAAGCAACUUGAUCUCGUUAACAAUCAAAUGCGAGCAUGGGUGUCAUCUGGAGGCUCAGAGAUGGUUUCUCAUACCUUAACCCGACACCAAGAGAUCCUUCAAGAUUUAACUCAGGAGUUUUAUCGGCUCCGGUCUAGUCUCAGAGCUAAGCAAGAACAUGCGUCACUGCUACAAGACUUUAGGGAAUUUGAUCGGAGCAGGCUAGACUUAGAAGAAGGAGGGUCAGGGGAGCAAUCUUUGCUGAAAGAGCAUGCAACUAUCAGCAGGAACACAGGGCAGAUGGAUUCUGUUAUUUCUCAAGCACAAUCUACCCUUGGAACACUUGUACUUCAGCGUUCAACUUUUGGAGGCAUCAAUUCGAAGAUCAGUAAUGUUAGCAGUCGUCUUCCAACGGUGAAUCAAAUUCUUGCAUCUAUAAAGAGGAAAAAGUCGAUGGACACUAUCAUACUUUCGCUUAUUGCAUCUGUAUGCACAUUCCUCAUAUUGAUAUACUGGCUGACCAAGUAAGGGGAACUUGAUUGGAUAUUCUUUGUGGAGACACAAUGGUUUCUCCUGCUUUACUUUACCUUCUACUUAGCUGGUAUCUGCAAGUUUCGGGGACAGGAAAAGCCAAAAUGAGCAUGAGGACUAGGAAUGAAGUUAAUGAGAUUGAUAACAGCAUUUGUCGGGGGCUAUUCUUUCUUGUAUAGUCGGUAUAGGAAGUUGUGUGUGACUGUGAACUUAUAGGGUUGUACCUUUUCUUAAUACUGUGUAUGCUACGGUGACACGGGGUGGCACGUUGCAGACAUUGAAUCCCACCUUGCAUUUCGGAAGGGUGAUCUGUUUUUUUGGUUUACAUUGAAAGGUGAAUUUUCGUGUACUUUAAGUAGUCAAUUUGUAUGCGUGUGAUUUUGACAAGAGGUUAAAAAUAUAACAUAAUCAUGUUAGCAGCA